CAGACCAGAGUCAGGUUAGGUUUAUAGGGAAUUAAUUAUAUUUAUAAUAUAAAAAACAAUAACCUUAUAGGUUUCUACAAUAAUUAGUUGCUGCCAAUAAUAACCAGUAACCUUCAUCUAAGUGUAAUUUAACUAGACCUUUUACCUCACAUGAAUUAAAAAGAAAAUAGAUUGAUGUAACUUAAACUAAGUUAGUGUUUGCCUUUUCAUCAUCUCAAUUUUCUAUACAUUAAAUUGGCUUUAGGUAGCCAAAAAAUUACCAUCCAUGGCUACGUAUUCUUCAAAUUCAAGAAAUAUUAGCUAUUAUGAUCCAUUUGGAGCAGGUCCUAGUAGUUCAUUGGUUGGCAUUAAUGACCACGCCUCUUCUAGUAAUUCAGGCCAUUUGGAGGAAGAGGAUUUUCAGUUUGAGCACAACUCCUGUUACAUCUGCAAUGGAUAUUACGGGCCCUGCUUUGAAGAGCCAGUCUGCGCCACUUGCCAUGCAUUUUUGUUUCCUGAAGAAUUGGGGAACGCUCAAGAAGUUCCAGUCUUUAGCGAGAAAACAGAUGAUGGGGAUUCAGGGAAUGAUGAGCCAACAGAUUUGUUCAGUGGCCCUGAGCGUCGCAGCUCUAAUCAGGGAGGGGCUGCAGGGGGAAACGCAGCUCCGCCCACACCUCCUCCCCGCCCAGACCCAGUAGCCCACAGGUUGGAGAUGCUCUCGACACCACGAGAGUCGGACAACUUCUCCCCUCGUAUUGUAGAAUGUCUGCCACCAGAAGUCCUGCUCGCUGUGUUUUCCUAUCUUGACGACAUCUCGCUGUGGUGUGUGGGGAAUGUUUGUAAGAGAUGGAGACAAGUUUUACAAUCCCAUGUCACAGGUGAGUUGUGGCAUACGUACACAUACAAGCGAUGGCCACUGUACAAGCCUAUAUACAACGUCCAAGACUGGUUUGCUGUGUAUACUCAACUGAUUGAAAGCUGUCCUUGCAAAGCUUGCCUUAUACAAAUGUCUGAGCAACAACAGCCAAUAGGAGAGGAGAAUUCUUGGAGAAGACACAGACUGAGGAACGAGAUCAAAGGUUUGAAGAUAGAUCCGCCAGAAGGUAUUGAAGCUGUGCCCCUAGACCAGAAGAGCUGUCAUUGGAUGGCCACGAUCACAGGACCCGUGGGUAGUCCGUAUGAAGGUGGAAUCUUCUACCUCUAUCUACAAGUUCCCUACUGCUACCCAAUGAAGCCUCCUACGGUGAGGUUCAUCACCAAGAUAUUCCACCCAAACGUGUCUCGUCACGGAGAUGUAGGGAUAGACUGUAUACAACACAACUGGACAUUGGCCUUGACUAUAUCUAAGGUCCUCAUCUCUAUACAGAGCCUACUCACUGAUCCUUUCUGUCAGGUGUGUAUGGAGCCAGCCGUUGGGCGGAUGUAUCGCAACGACAGACAACAUUUCGAGGCGAUCGCUAGGGUCUGGACUUGGAGAUACGCAAUGCAUGACGUAUUGCCUCCAUUCAAAGACUUUGGUCAGAAUCCGUUUGUAAAGUAAUGAUAUUGGUUUUUUUUUUAUAAAAGCUCUUUAUACAUGU